AUGCAAGAGCAGCUGCUCAAGAGCAGACUGAUGAGGCUGGCCGUCCUCUGCCUCUGCCUCGUCGCCAUUUGUCCUGCUGCGGCCGUCGCCACCCGUGGCGAGGCGUAUCGCCUCCAGCGCCUGCAGCGCCAGCGCGCCCGAAGGAGCGCGCCGCCGCCUCCUGUCGCCGUCCCCGCACAAGCCGGUGCCGCCUGCCCCCGGCCAGCCGUGCGCUCCACGUCGUACUUUUACGUGCAGCCCGAUAACUCACGCCUCGGGCUCUCCGUGGUCUGCGUCCGCUCCGGGGCGCGCGGCCUCGUUUUUCUCGACGAGGCUGGCUACCUGCGUGAGCCAGCACAACCGGGAGACGUGCGGCGCGGGACGGUGCUCCGGGCGCGUGAGGACGGCAGGCUGGACGUCUCGUUCCGGGAGUAUGGCGCCCGCGCCAAACUGGUGUCCGCAGAGUCCACCAUCCUUGACGCGCUGCUGGCGGCGCCCGACCACUCGCUGCCUCUCGGCGACAAGUCUCCGCCUACCGAGGCGAAGGGCGCCUCGUGGCCUGCAGACCUGCCGCGCCCCGCGCCAGACCCUCCCACCCUGCUGCUCGACGUGCCCGCGGCAAUGGCAGAGCCGCAGGGCGCUUCGCGCCUGCUGGCGUUGCUCGAGCCCGUCGCUCCUCCUCUCUCCAUCACCGGCACUCGCCGCCCCUCCGGAGCGCCGAGCCGUCUCGCGAGGCUCGAGUUCGAGUCGGCCGAUGCCGCGGACGCCGCCGCCGCCGCCGUGCGGGAGGAGGGCGGCGCGUGCGGCCCGCGCGUGGUCUUUGUGGGCAACUUGCCUCCCGGCGCGGGCGAGGAGGAGCUGUGGGACACCUUCCUCGACUGCGGACGCAUCCAGUCCGUCAGCGUCGCCGAGGGCGCGAGCGGAGGCUUCGGACACGCGCUGCGGCUGCGCGGCUCUCUGCUCCACGGCCGCCGCCUCGUUGGACUUUGCGACGGCGGACCGGCUGCGCGAUGA